AUGAGAGUGGAAACAUGUUUACGUUUCUUGUUUUGCUUGAUUUUUUAUCAAUUGCAUUAUAAUGAAGGUUCCAAGGCGGUCGUUACCAUAGGUGUACUUUUGCAAGAGUUGGCCUCCCAAAUUAAUAUACCCUUAAAUAGCACAAUAUACAAGAAGAACAUGUUCGAUCAAAGGGCCUAUUUUUCCACUAAAAUAUUAAAAGUAUCACCUUCUGAUAAUUUCGAGGCCAGUCAAACACUGUGCACUCUGUUAGAUUCAGAUUUGGGGGUAGUGGCUGUUUAUUCCGAUUCCAGUAGAACUACUCCUAUAUUAGAAUCCACCUGUACUUUUUUUGAAGUACCUUUUAUAACCACAUCUUGGAAGGCUCCCUCUCCUGCGAAACGAAAUCCGGAAGAAGUAAGGGCGAUGAUAAACUUCUUUCCGGAAGCUGAACUUUUCGCUAAAGGUCUGGCGGAAAUUGUGAGAAGUCUGCAAUGGCCCAGUUUCAUAAUCAUUUAUGAGAACGAGGAGGGUUUGAUACGGAUGCAGGAAAUUCUGAAGCUUCAAGAGAUAAAUCCUGAUUCGAAGAAGAAUAAUAUUGUAGUUAUGCAACUGGGUCCAGGUCCAGAUUAUAGACCACUGCUAAAAAAGAUCCAUAAUACUACUGAAGAUAAUAUAAUUUUAGAUUGUGAGGUAGAUAAAAUAUUACCAAUUUUGACUCAAGCCAACAGUGUUGGUAUGUUAGGGUUGCAUAAUCGCUACUUUAUUACUUCCUUGGACGCUCAUACUUUAGAUUUUUCCAAUUUAAACACUACAGCAAAUAUAACAACAAUAAGGCUGCACGAUCCAAAAAGUGACGAUUUUUUAAACACUGUGCACAGAUGGGAACUUACAGAAUUUGAAAAUCAUAACAGAAGAGUACCGUUAGAUCCUUAUUCGAUAAAGACUGAAACAGUUUUAUUCCACGAUGCGAUUCUCCUUCUAACCGAUACAGUAAACGCGAUGACCAUCAAACCUGGAAUAAAUAUAAAACCACUGGCUUGCAACGGCACCGAAACAUCUGAUGAUGGGUUUACACUGCGAAAGUACAUGUUAAUAAACACCCCUUCGAUGACUCUCACAGGACCGUUGAAAUUUAACGACGAAGGUGGCAGAACCGAUUUUAACAUUCACGUCGUCGAUAUAAUAGAUGAUUCGGUCAUAGCAACGUGGCAUGCCGGUAACGAGUCUAUGGAAUUGCACAGAAAUUACAACCAAACUUUCGACGCAGCCGUUUCGAAUUUGCAAAAAAUUACCGUUAUAGUCGCAUCAAAGAUUGGCGAGCCCUAUUUAAUGCUGCGCCAGCCCUCUUACGAAGGAGAAAUCCUAACGGGUAACAACCGUUACGAAGGCUAUUCAAUGGAUUUAAUUGCGGGAAUCGCGAAAUUCAUCGGUUUCAAUUUUCAGUUCGAAAUCACAGAUAAGUACGGAAAUUACGAUUAUAAAGAGAAGCGAUGGAACGGUUUGAUAGGGGAGCUCUUGGAAAAGAGAGCUCACCUUGCUGUUUGUGAUUUCACGAUAACUCCAGAGAGAAGAGAAGUCGUUGAUUUUAGUAUGCCUUUUAUGACACUAGGCAUCGCUAUACUGCACAAAUCUCAAACAGAAAAGCCCAUUGACAUGUUCAAAUUCUUGGAGCCCUUUUCAACUAGGGUUUGGCUGUACACUGGGACAUUGUACCUCGUCAUCUCCAUCGUUCUAUUUUUCAUAUCCAGAUUGACGCCCGGCGAUUGGGAAAACCCUCAUCCAUGCGAGGACGAUCCCGAAGAGCUGGAGAAUAUUUGGGACAUUAAAAAUUCGCUAUGGCUUACCCUUGGAUCGAUUAUGACACAAGGUUGUGAUAUUUUACCCAAAGGAAUAUCGUCGAGAAUGGCAGUCGGGAUGUGGUGGUUCUUCUCGUUGAUUAUGACGAGUUCCUACACGGCGAAUCUGGCAGCCUUUUUGACCAAAGCUAAUUUAGAACCGGCUAUAGACAGCGCAGAAGCUCUAUCCAAGCAGACCAAGAUUAAAUACGGCUUGGUAAAGGGCGGCUCAACCGAAUCCUUUUUUAGAAACUCCAACUUUUCCACCUACCAAAGAAUGUGGCUGAGCAUCCAACAAACCAAACCAAGUGUUUACGAAGAUAGCAACGCUGACGGUGUUCUCCGGGUACAAACUACCAAAUUGGCUCAAUACGCCUUCCUGAUGGAAUCCACUCAAAUUGAAUACGAAAUCGAAACUAAAUGCGACUUGAAACAAAUCGGCGAAAAGCUCGACAGUAAAAGCUACGGGAUUGCCAUGCCGAUGAAUUCGCCGUAUAGAAGUGCAAUCAAUAAAGCUGUGCUUGUUAUGCAGGAGUCCGGGGAGCUCGGCGAUCUGAAAACUAAGUGGUGGAAAACCAAGAGAAAGGAAGCCUCUUGUGACAAUCAAAAAUCGGGAGAAGAGGAGGACGCUAAUAAACUGGGCAUAGCGAAUUUAGGAGGUGUUUUCUUAGUUCUCGGUGUCGGCAUAGCGAUGGCGUGCGUUUUUGCUUUGAUCGAAUUUUUAUGGAAUUGCAGAAAUAUAUCAGUCGAAGAACAUAUUACCUACAAGCAAGCCUUUAUGUUGGAAUUGAAAUUCGCAUGCAACAUACUUAUUACGAAGAAGAGGGUGAAACCAUUGCUUUCGGAAGAGGGGUCUUCGCAACAAAGCGAUAAAAGCGCUGAAAAUAAAAAUGGGAACAAAAGUAUCAUAAACAGCAUCCUGCAUAGCGCAGGAUCUAAUUUAAAUAUUGUCAAUUGA